AUGUCUGCAGGUAUGGAUAGAUAUAUGCAAUAUAGAUUGGCUGAACAAGAUGAAGAUUGUGUAGAUUCAUUUACAGAUUUGUUGACAAAUAAUAAUGGUAAAAAGAAUGGUAGAGGUCCAACACAAAUGCGUGACAUUUGGGGUAAUCAUGAUGGUACAAAGAUGGAAAUCACAUGUAAUGAAUUUGGGCAACCACAUGAUAAAAACGCAAGUAAGCUUACAAAUUUUAUUGGGACAUUAGUACGAGAUGGAAAAAAUGCUCCAAUUAACUACAAAAGUUGGCAUAAGGUACCUGACAAAUACAAAGAUAGAAUGUGGAAAAUCAUACAGGAAAAAUUUGAUAUUCCUCCUCUGGCAGAAAAUUGGACUAUGCGGUCUUGUGGUAAGGAACUUAAAAAUUGGAAAGCUUAUCUUAAGAGAACUUACUAUUCGGAAACUUUAUCUUUUGAGGAGCAAAAAAAAUAUAAGGAUAAAAGAGUAUAUGCUGGGCAAUGGGAGGAAUUAAUAAAAUAUUGCGCAACAGACGAUGCAAAGAAAAUAAGUGCUACAAACAAAGCUAGUCGUGGUCAAAAGAAAUACAACCAUACAACUGGCACAAAAAGUUUUGCACAAAUUAGAGCAGCACAGGUACAAUUACAAGAGAAACAAGAGUUGAAUGAAGAUGUAUCAAAGGAAAAGGGUAUGAAUGACACUUUCUCUGAAGUAAUGGGUAAAGAAAAAUACGGAUCAGUCCGUAUGUACGGCUUUGGUGUUUGCCCAUCUGACGUAUGGGAAAACAAAUCCACCAAGAAAGGAAACCAAAAGAAGUAUAUACAGACUCUAGAAGCUGAAUUGAAAGAAUUAAGAUCUCAAGUUCAAGCCAACAAGCAAAAUUACAAUGCAAAUGACACAUCUAUUAUACCUGACAUGGCUCUUAAUUACAAUGACAAUGCCACUUCUUCACAACUGGCCAAAAAGCCUUGUAUGUCACAUAACAAGGAAUCUCGACGUCAGUUGUGGUUUUCAUCUUCAGCAUAUGAUAUUCCAAUUGUUGGUGAAAUGGUUAAUCUUAAGAGUGUUACUGCUGAUCCUGAAACAAUUGCUAUUGGUCUAGUUGUUAGUAAAGAUUCAUCAAAAGAAGUUGGAGGAAAAGAGCUCGGAGAUCAUUAUUCUGAAGUUGUUGUUCAAGUUUGUAUCAACCCCGACGAGGAAUUAAUUAGACCAUAUGGACAAUACAAGACAAUUGGUGAAGUUGUUGGAGCAUCUAUUGCAUGGUCAACAACAUUUCUGGUUUCACGAAAAUCAGAUAAACAACUUCAUGAUUCAAUGAUGUGA